AAUGUAUAAUGUAAAUGAAUAUGAAAUACUUUUUUGUACAUACAUUGAAAGAUAAGAAACUUAAUACAAAGAAACUGAAACUUUUAAAGGUGUAUCAAAUUGAGUUUGCUGUAAAUAUAGUUCAGUUACAAACAAAACUUUUGUGUUUCUUCAACAGGUGAAAAAUUUGAAGUCACUGGCAAACAUUUAGAGUUUAUAGCUUUCAGAAAUUAAGCCAGCAUUUUUAACAUGUUAGAAACUCCCAGUAAAAUGAAUAUUAAUCAUAAACAAAAAGUGUACAAUAUCUGCUUCCAAAUUCUCUCCCCAAAGAAAACUAGUCCAGUUCUCCUAGUAAAAUAAAUUUGAAAAUAAUUAACAUAAAAGGUCAAUCUGGCUUAGUAAUAAAAGUCUGAGUGCUAGAAUUUUUAAUGAAGACCGUUUUAUUGUUUGAAAGUAUAAACUAUGUUAAUAUGUUUAUGAAUUCUAUAAAUUAAUGAAAAAUAGUAACACAUGAUAAAUCUACGUUAUAUAAAGUACCAGAAACUUAAGUCUUUUAUAUAUAAUAGGUAAUUUUGGAAGUCCUUAAUUUUUUAUCUUGGUUUGGAGAAAAGCUGUUUUUAAACUGAGUUUACUUUUUAUAAAUGAGCCCUGAAAAGUAGAAUUUUCUCCCAAAUAAUGAGGCCAUUUUAUAUUUGUAUUAUAAAUUCUGAACUGAUUGAUUUCUCACAUUUUUACUAGUUCAGUUUUUCUAUUGCAUAAAAGGUGUUUUUCUGCUUUAGAAAACAGUCCAGUUGACUUCUGAUUGUCAUGCGUUUUGAGGGCAUAUCUUGAGUAAUUUAAGAAAUGAAUUAACUAUCUUAGGUUUAAAAGCUCUUGUAUCUUGUGUUGCUGAAAUUUGAAAAGGUAUUUAAAAAAAAAAAGUGGCAUAGUCAAAUUUGAAUGGUAAAUCCUGACUGAUUUAAUCCCUGAGGAUGUUGAUUCCUGAGAGAAUCACUUAAAUUUUCAUGUGAGUGAGUGAUGGAAUUAUUUUUACAAAAAGCCAAAAACCUGCUUUUCUUCACUCAUUGAAAAAAUGUCUUGAGCACUAUUUUGAUGUCACAGUGUAUUGAGCAAUGUUAACAACAACGUUUUGGUAAUAUGUUUUAAUGGAGAGAAGCAAGGUUAUAAAUAACUAAAGUACAGGGCAGUGUUUUUUAACUUGGAUUUGAAUACGGGUGUAACUGCUCUGGGAAUUCACUUCAAAUGAAAUCCUAAGGCUUCAUUGUGAGGACCUGACUCAGGUGGAUCUGAGUUUCCAUAUCCCAACUCUUGCUUAGUUGCUUGACAUAACUCCAUGUUGAGCUUAGAAAGCUCUCUCAGUUUUCUCAGCACCAAGUUAAACAGAAUUAUCCUCUCAAAAAGCUUCCCUGCUGAGAUGCAGAGUAGGAGUAAAUAGAAGAGUGUGAGUGAGGUGUUCACAUAGCAAGUAAUUAAACAAAGUAGGCCAAACAGACUAUAGAGGGAGCUGCUUGUCUUUGAGAUUACUGUACAGAACUCUGCCACUCCCCCCCCCACCCCAGUCUUCCUCCAGAUAAUGAAAAUUUUAGUAGAUUGUUCUGGAUGCUAGCUGUUAAACAUGAAAUCAAGUUCUUCAACAUAAGAAAUUGGUUAUUCUGAAAUGCUAUAUAUGAGUUUAUGUCGUUGCUUAAUACCUUCACUUUUUUUGGUGAAGUGGCAGAUCAAGUUUGAGAUGAGUACUGUUUUGAAAACUAUAGCAUUUAUCGACAACUUAAAUUACAGAUAAUUUCUCUAAUAAUAGUCUUGUUUGUUCACAGCCUUUUAAAAUUUUUUUUUCACUUAGACCAUCUAAAAAAAUUUAAGAUCACAUAAUACCGAUUUGAUACAAUUAUUAGAAAGGUUUUUUUCAGGAGCACUGCUGAGAUUUAGUGAUUUUCCACAAACAAAAUUAGUCACUCUAUUUAGUAGGCAUUUGAAGCCCUGAGUACCAAAUUUUAUUAGCUUUAAAAUCACAAUCAGUAAAUUAGAGGCUAAAGCAGGGAGGUCCCUAUUAAAUCUGGACACAGUAGAAUCUGGUAAUACUCGGUUCAUUCAGUGAACACUUAAUGAGAACUUACUACGUAUAUUGAGCUAUUUUUGGUGUGGUCAUUUUAAACAACUUUUAUCCUUUAGACUCUCACAAUAUAGUAGAAAUGAUAGACAUGUAAGCAUAAGUCAAAUGUAGUUUGAUUAUGACAGAUGUGUGUAAGAAAGCAAGGACUCAAAGGAGAACAUGUUAGUGACCAACUAGCAGGCAAAAAGGGGAGUCAGGGAAGGCUUCAUGAAGGAAGUAUGGAUUAAGUCAUUUUAAAGGAAUCUCAAAAGAAUUUUAAAAUUCUGAUAGAGGAACAGAUAAAAGGUAAUUCACAAAUGAGUAAACUGCUCUUGGCAGGGCAGCUUGGCAAUGCAUAUCAUAAUCCUUGAAAUGUUGUUUUUUGACCCAAUAAUUCUAGCUUUAGGGAUUUUAAUCUAUGAAUGUAAAUCUUUUGGCAAAAUCUGAUUAUCUUUUGAAUCCAUCUACUUCUUUUCAUUAUCCAUCACCACCUUAGUCUAAACUACUAGCAUUUUUGGAUGCAUUUACAACAGUAGCCUCCUAAUCUUGGCCUACACCCAGUCCACUCUGUUCCCUUCUAAUCUGUUUUCUACACUGUAAUCGAGGGAUCUUUUCGAAAUGCAAACCUGAUUAUAUCACCCUACUACUUGGUAUGCUUCAGUAGCUUUCCAUUGCAUUUAGGAUAAGGACAAAGCUACAUGUCUUAUGUGGUGGCGUCUACAUGUCUUACAAGGUCUUGCAUAGUCUGGCCCCUACCUUUCUAUCCAGCCAUGGCUUGAGCCAUGUUCUUCUUGCCUUGCUCUUUGUGUUCCAGCCAUAUUGGCCUUAUUUCAGUCCCUUAUUCUUGCCAUGCUCCCUUCCACAAUGAGGCCUUUGUACCUGCUGUUCCCUCUGCCUAGAAUGUUUUUCCUUUUCCUUCACCUAAACUCUGAUUUACCUUUCCUCAGGGAAGCCUUCCCUAUCAUAGACUCUCAGAAUUCCAUAAACUCUCCUUCAUAACACUUGCUAUAGUUGUAAUUUUAUAUAUGUUGGAGAUUAAUGUCUGUUUUCCCCAGUAACCUCCAUAAAUGCUGGUAAUGUGUUCAUUUUUUGCACAGUUAUACAAUCAGUACUUACCACAGUGCUUGAAACUCAAGUAUUUUUGCAAGAAUUAAUCAAUAGAUGAUAGUUAUCACAGGGCACAACCUCAAAUAUUCAACAAUUGGGAAAUGGUUAUAUAAAUUGGGCACAUUCAUAUAGUAGAACUUAUGUCAUUAAAAUGAUAUUUUAGAAGAAUAUAGAGUAAUAUGGGAUAAUGAUGUUAGUAUAUUAUGUGAAAAAAUUAGCUUGCAAAAUAGUCAUUUAUUAAAAUCCAGAAAAAAAUACACCAAAAUAUAAAGGUUGGUUAUCUCUGGGAGAUGUGUUUUGAAUUUUUUAGAUUGUCUACAGAGACUAUGUAUUGAUUUUAUAAUUUGGGAAAAAACUAUGUACAAACUUAAGGAAAAACUGGCUUUUUAGGUAUGGUACAUAAAUAUAGCAAGAAAGACUUGAAGUUCAUAUUGGGCUCCAAAAAAAGUAACCACAAUGCAUGAUUGAUUGCAUAAUGAUAGUAUGGAACUUUAUUCUAUAAAUUCAGUUUAGGAACUGCAAAAUGAUUCUUACAUUAAAAAAGCCAAUAAAUUCUGGCUUUUUAAUUUUACCAUUUAUAUGUAAAUUGAUUUUAAUUUUAAAAUGUUUUGAAAAGUAAUGCAGUUUUGGCACAUGGCAGCAGUGAAACAGAGUGGAGGCCAGAAACUGACUUAAACAUAAAUAAGAACUUACGGUAUCAAAAUGUAUGCUACCCUCACCUAUUAGUAUCGAAAAGAGUUAUUUAAUAAACAGUGUUGAGAUAGCCAGUUAAUCAUCUAGAAAAAUAGAAAGUUGGCUUCCAGGUGAGACAGAAGAUUUAAAUGUGAAAACGAAACAAAACAACAUAGGAUAAUUAUUUGUAAUGUAAUCUAGGAAUGGCGAAGACCUUUCAAAGUAUAAAACAGAACUGAAGCCAGAUUGCUCACAUUUACAACAUAAAUGAAAUUCUAUACAGAGAAAAAAAAUCAUAAAGUUAAACAGAUUAGUAAUAACUGAUUUGUAUACUUUUCACAAAGGAGUCCUUUCCUCUUGAUACAUAAACAGCUUCUAGAAAAUAACUCAGUAGAAAAAAUGAGCAAAGAGAAUUCAUAUGAAAAGAUGUGCAAUUUUAUUUAUAAAGAAGAUAUAAGUUAAAACUACAACAUACUAUUUAUCACCUAUCAAAUUAGGAAUAAUUGAUUACAUAAUAUAACUUGGGGAGGUUGAGAGGAAGGGGAAAUGGGCAUUCUCAUAUUGCUGGUGGGGAUAUAAAAUGUUCAUUUUCUAUGGAAAGCAAUAUGGAAAUCAUUUUAAUACAAGUAUAUUUUGAUUUAGCAAUUUCAUUUAAGGAUUUCAUCCUCAAAUAUUUUACAUAUGUGUUAAAUGAACAUAUAAAAAUAUUUGUGGCAGCAUUGUUUGUCAUUGCAAAAAAUUGGAAACAACCUACACAUAAGUCAGUAGGGGAGUGGUUAAGUAAAUAAUGGUGUAUCUUUUCAAUGGAAUACUAGGCAGCCUUUAAUGUAAUGAGGCAAUACUAUGUAUUCGGCUAUGGUGCCAUGUCUAAGUUAUAUUAAGAGGAAAAAAAGCAAGACAGGAGACUCCAUGUUUAGUAUGUUGCUAUUUGUGUGGUUUAAAAAAAAAAAUAUAUAUAUAUAUAAAAUAUAGGGGUGUGUGUGUGUAUGUGUCUGUGUGUGUGUCAAAGGAUACAUGAGAAUUUGAUAACAGUGGUUGUCUGCAGUGAGGGGGAACUGGUAGUCUAGAGGACAACGGUGGGAGACUGUAAUUUUGGAAUAUUUUUUACCAUGUGCAUGUAAUACCUCUUCAAUUUUAGUUUUUAAAAUUAUGUUGUGUUUCCAGGAAUUGGUAAGGAAGAACAAAAACAAAAGUCUAAUAGUUGUAAACAGUUAUCAAAUGAUUACUCCAAUACUGUUUAAUUUUAGAUUUUGCUAGAGGUCUUCUAAUCCAGUGCUUCCCAUUGAUGUUAUGUGGCUCACUGGAGGGUGGCCCUAGUGGAGUGGGAUCUGAAGGAAGACUGUGGGGUUCCUUUGAGCAGAUAACUCGAUGAGCAACAACCCGCAGUUACUGCUCCUUUUGAUAUUUUCAACGCAUUAGAGGAGGUGCUUUAUUAUUUGGAAUCUACUUCAGCUAACUACAGAGUAUGCAACUGCCUCUUGUGGAGAAGGGAUCAUGGAGCUACUAUUGGAGUUUAUAUUCCCGGUGCCUGAUGAGCAUGUCACACAGCACAAGAUGUAGUCUGCUGUCAAUGAGAGCAGAGGGUAGCAGGGAUGUUGGUUGCCCUGGGAAGCCCAGCUCUAGGCCUGAAUUUCUUUCUGUAUUCACCUGUGUUGGAUUUCCUAGUCAUGUGCAUCUGAUGUGUCAUUUAGCUUGCUGCAAGAUGACUGCUAAUAGUGCAUGUAUAUUCUGCAAAAAUAAACACCAUUGUUAUUUUGAAAUAUUGUUCUUGAUGUGAAAAAGGUUGGAUUUGAAAUUAAUUCAUAUUACUACAAACCUCAUUUAAAUUUUAAUUUUCUUCUAUAAUUAUGUAAAGGAAAUGUGAUAAUUUUUUCACAAAAUACCGUGUUGAUGCCUCCAAAUGCUCUUCUGUUGGUCUGUGUGCCGAACAAAUAUUAUUUACAAUGUGAAAAAGAUUGGGAAACACAGUUCUGGUCAAAUCUUCUCAUUUUAUAUAAAGAAAACUGGAAUCUAGAAUAAAAACCAAGACAAGCCACAUAAAAGCAACCUAAAAAUUAAACUGUCAUCAUAUUAUUUGUUUUAAAACUAUGGAAUAAUAUAUCUGAGGAAGAUUUCUCUCAAAAUUGUUUUUCUCAAUUUCAAGUCAGAAGACAUGUCUUCAUCUACAUGGCAUCUUUCCUUACCUCUAUGUGCCAUACGAUGGUUAUGGACAGCAGCCAGAAAGCUAUCUUUCUCAGAUGGCAUUCAGUAUCGACAGAGCACUUAAUGUGGCUUUAGGCAACCCAUCUUCCACUGCUCAGCACGUGUUCAAAGUGUCAUUAGUAUCAGGAAUGCCUUUUUAUGGUUAUCAUGAGAAGGAAAGACACUUUAUGAAGAUCUAUCUUUACAAUCCAGCAAUGGUGAAAAGGAUAUGUGAACUUUUGCAAAGUGGAGCCAUAAUGAAUAAAUUUUACCAGCCUCAUGAAGCGCAUAUUCCCUACCUCCUACAGCUGUUCAUUGACUACAAUCUCUAUGGAAUGAAUUUAAUAAAUCUGGCUGCUGUCAAGUUCCGAAAAGCAAGAAGGAAAAGUGAUUCGAUGCGUACAACUGGAUCUUGCAAGGAUCAGCUACCAGGAAAUUCUCUUACUGGUACUUUAUUUCGGUGGGAAGAAGAUGAAAUACCAAGCUCUUUAAUACUGGAAGGUGUUGAACCACGGAGUACAUGUGAAUUAGAAGUGGAUGCUGUCGCUGCUGAUAUCUUAAAUCGGCUAGACAUUGAAGCUCAAAUUGGUGGAAACCCUGGUCUCCAGGCCAUAUGGGAAGAUGAAAAGCAACGGCGAAGAAACAGAAAUGAAACUUCUCAAAUUAGCCAACCCGAAUCACAAGAUCGCAGGUUUGUGCCAGCAACAGAAAGUGAAAAAAUUUUUCAGAAGAGACUUCAGGAAAUUCUCAAACAGAAUGAUUUCUCUGUAACAUUAUCAGGAUCUGUGGACUACAGCGAUGGAUCUCAGGAGUUCUCUGCUGAGUUAACAUUGCACUCUGAAGUUCUGUCUCCUGAUAUUCUUCAGUGUACGCCAGCUAAUCUGGUAGAAGUCCACAAAGAUACAGAGUUGAGCAAAGGUCACACUAUACACAAAGUGGAGGAAGCUCUUAUUAAUGAAGAAGCAAUUUUGAACCUCAUGGAAAAUAGUCAGACUUUUCAGCCUUUGACCCAAAGACUGAAUGAGUCACCAGUUUUCUUGGACAGUAGUCCUGAUGAGGCUCUGGUACAUCUUCUUGCUGGUUUGGAAAAUGAUGGAUAUCAGGCAGGAAGAAAUAGGAUGCCAUCACAACGUCAUUUCUUUGGAAACCCUAAAAAUUCCCAAAAUAGUGAUGAUGAAGAAAAUGAACCACAGAUUGAAAAAGAGGAAAUGGAGCUUAGUUUGGUGAUGUCUCAGAGAUGGGACAGCAAUAUUGAAGAACCUUGUGCCAAAAAGAGAUCACUGUGUAGAAAUAACCAUAGAAGCUCAACUGAAGAAGAUGAUUCGUCUUCAGAAGAAGAAAUGGAAUGGAGUAAUAACAGUUUGCUUCUAGCCAAUCUUUCUAUACCUCAGUUAGAUGGAACUGCAGAUGAAAAUAGUGACAAUCCAUUGAACAACGAAAAUUCUAGAACUCACUCUUCUGUGAUUGCAACGAGCAAGCUAUCAGUAAAACCUUCCAUCUUUCACAAAGAUGCUGCUACAUUAGAACCCCCAUCUUCUGCUAAGAUUACCUUUCAGUGUAAACACACAAGUGCCCUUUCUUCCCAUGUUUUAAACAAGGAAGAUUUAAUUGAAGACCUCCCACAGCCAAACAAUAUAGAAAAAUGUCUAGAUCAUUCAGUUGCUUCUUUUACAAAUGAAAGCACUUACUCUAUGAAAUACCCUGGAUCUUUAAGCAGUUCUGUCCAUUCAGAAAACUCUCAUAAAGAAAGUAGUAAGAAAGAUAUCCUCCCAGUAUCUUCCUGUGAAAGUAGUAUUUUUGAUUAUGAAGAAGAUAUCCCAUCUGUUACAAGACAAGUACCAAGUAGAAAGUAUACAAACAUUAGAAAAAUUGAUAAGGAUGCCCCUUUUAUCCAUAUGAACCGUCAUAGUAGUGAAAGUACAUUGGGCAAAAAUUCUUUCAACUUUUCUGACCUUAGUCAUUCAAAAAGUAAAUUAUCCUCUGAAGGAAAUGAAAAAGGAAACAGCACAGCUCUGAAUAGUUUAUUCCCUUCAUCAUUAACUGAAAAUUGUGAAUUGCUAUCAUGCUCAGGAGAGAAUAGAACUAUGGUACAUUCUCUUGAUAGCAUUGCUGAUGAAAGUGGGCUAAAUAAACUUAAAAUUAGAUAUGAAGAGUUUCAAGAACAUAAAACUGAAAAGCCAAGCCUCAGCCAGCAAGCAGCACAUUAUAUGUUUUUUCCCAGUGUUGUUCUUUCUAACUGUCUCAGUAGACCGCAGAAACUCUCGCCUGUAACAUACAAACUACAAUCCAGCAGUAAACAGUCCCGAUUAAAAAUAAAUAAAAAGAAGCUUAUAGGUCAUCAAGAGACUUUUACCAAAACUAGUGAAACUGUAUCCACAAAAGAUAAUUGUAUACAAAAUAAUCCCUGUAAUAGUAAUCCUGAGAAGGAUAAUGUAUUGGCCAGUGAUUUAAUUAAAGUCACUCGUGGAGCUUUUGAAAAUAAAACCCCCACAGACGGUUUUAUAGACUGUCACUUUGGAGAUGGAACCUUAGAAACUGAGCAGUCCUUUGGAUUGUAUGGAAAUAAAUAUACACUGAGAGCGAAACGCAAGGUGAAUUAUGAGACUGAAGAUAGUGAGUCAAGUUUUGUAACACACAACUCAAAAAUUAGCCUACCUCAUCCCAUGGAAAUUGGUGAAAGUUUAGAUGGAACUCUCAAGUCUCGAAAACGAAGAAAAAUGUCUAAAAAGUUGCCCCCUGUCAUCAUAAAAUAUAUUAUUAUUAAUAGAUUUAGAGGGAGAAAAAAUAUGCUUGUGAAGCUAGGAAAAAUAGACUCUAAAGAAAAACAAGUUAUAUUGACAGAGGAAAAAAUGGAACUAUAUAAAAAGCUUGCACCUUUGAAGGAUUUUUGGCCAAAAGUUCCUGACUCCCCUGCAACCAAAUAUCCCAUUUAUCCACUAACACCAAAGAAAAGUCACAGAAGAAAAUCAAAACAUAAGUCUGCAAAGAAAAAAACUGGUAAGCAACAAAGGACAAAUAGUGAAAAUAUUAAAAGAACUUUGUCUUUCAGGAGAAAACGGUCACAUGCUAUCCUGUCUCCUCCCUCACCAUCCUACAAUGCUGAAACCGAAGACUGUGACUUGAAUUAUAGUGACGUUAUGUCUAAACUAGGUUUUCUUUCUGAGAGAAGCACAAGUCCCAUAAAUUCUUCUCCCCCUCGCUGCUGGUCUCCCACAGAUCCAAGAGCUGAAGAAAUGAUGGCUGCUGCAGAUAAAGAAGCAAUGCUUUUUAAGGGUCCUAAUGCAUGUAAUAACAAGACUGUUAAUUCUCGUAUGGAAAAAAAUAAUCGAGCAAGAGCGCAGGUUAAGAAAUCCAAAACUAAGCUUGUUAAUCCUUCUGUAGUUACUAAGAAAAGGAACAAACGAAAUCAGACAAAUAAAUUAGGAGAUGAUGGAAAAAAGAAACCGAGAGCAAAACAGAAACAAAAAACAAAUGAGAAAGGUAUGUCAAGAAAGCACAUAAUGAAAGAUGAAAAAAUUAAAUCUCAGUCUGGUGCUGAAGUUAAGUUUGUGCUGAAACAUCAGAAUGUGUCUGAGACCUCAAAUAGUUCUGGAGGCUCUCAACUACUUUUUAAACAGAAAGAUGUGUCACUAAUGAGCUCUGCUGUAGAUCAUCCCCUUUCUGCUCCCCUGCCCACUGGAAUUCAUGCACAACAGAAUUUAUCUGGCUGCUUUUCUUCUUUCUUAGAAAGCAAGAAGCCUGAUUUACAAACAUUCCCCAGCUCACGAGAUGAUUUGCAUUCAUCAGUUGUUUGUAGUUCUUUGGGACCUGGAAUCUCAAAAAUUAAUGUCCAGAGGUCUCACAAUCAAAGUGCUAUGUUUACUCUAAAGGAAUCAACUUUGAUUCAAAAAAACAUAUUUGAUCUUUCCAACCAUUUAUCUCAGGUAGCCCAGAAUACACAGAUAUCUUCGGGUAUAAUGUCUCCAAAGACGGAAGAGAAUGCAAAUACACAAAAAAACUAUUUGUCAUCCAUCGGAAAGUUAAAUGAAUAUCGUAAUUCUUUAGACUCAAAGCCAGACCAGGCAUAUGCCCCUAACUUUUUGCAUUGCAAAGACAGUCAGCAGCAGAUUGUGUGCAUGGCAGAACAGUCAAAGCACAGUGAAACUUGUACUCCAGGAAAUGCAUCUUCAGAGGAAAGCCAAAUGCCUAAUAAUUGCUUUGUAACUUCUUUGAGAAGUCCAAUCAAACAAAUAGCAUGGGAGCAAAAACAAAGGGGCUUUAUUUUAGAUAUGUCAAAUUUUAAACCUGAAAGGGUAAAACAGAGGUCAUUGUCAGAAGCAAUUUCACAAACCAAAGCACUUUCUCAGUGUAAAAGUCGAAAUGUGUCAACACCUUCAGCAUUUGGUGAAGGCCAGUCUGGACUGGCAGUUCUAAAAGAAUUGUUACAGAAGAGACAGCAAAAAGCACAAAAUGCAAAUAUUAUGCAAGACCCAUCAUCUAGUAAACCUCAACCAAACAAAAAUAUUUCUGGCUCCCUUGAGCAAAACAAAACAAUUAAACGAACACGAUCAGUAACAUCUUCAAGAAAACCUCGAACUCCUAGAAGUACAAAACCUAAAGAAAAAAUUCCCAAACUUCUUAAAGUAGACUCUCUCAAUUUACAGAACUCUGGCCAGGUGGAUAACUCUCUAUCGGAUGACAGUCCCAUCUUUUUUUCAGAUCCAGGUUUUGAGAGUUGUUAUUCACUUGAAGAUAGCUUGUCUCCUGAACAUAAUUAUAAUUUUGAUAUUAAUGCAAUAGGUCAAACUGGAUUUUGUAGCUUUUAUUCUGGAAGUCAGUUUGUCCCUGCUGAUCAGAAUUUGCCACAGAAGUUCCUAAGUGAUGCAGUUCAGGAUCUUUUCCCAGGACAAACGAUAGAAAAAAGUGAGUUUUUAAGUCAUGAUAACCAGAAGUGUGAUGAAGACAAAAAACAUCAUGCCUCAGACUCAACCUCAUGGAUUAGAUCAGGUACGCUAAGUCCUGAACUAUUUGAGAAGUCAUCCGUAGAUAGCAAUGAGAAUCAUCGCCACAACCAGUGGAAAAGUAGCUUUCAUCCUCUAACAGCUCGCUCUAAUUCAAUAAUGGAUUCUUUCUGUGUCCAGCAGACAGAGGACUGUCUGAACGAAAAAUCCAGAUUGAAUAGAAGUUCAGUAAGCAAAGAAGUGUUUCUUAGCUUCUCACAGCCAGGCACUUCAGACUGGAUUCAAGGUCAUACCAGAAAAGAGAUGCAACAGUCUCUUGACUCAGUCAGUGCCUCUUUUACUACAAUACUAUCCUCCCCUGAUGGUGAACUUGUGGAUGCAGCCUCUGAAGAUUUAGAAUUGUAUGUUUCAAGAAACAAUGAUAUAUUGACACCAACUCCUGAUAGUUCACCAAGGUCUACCAGCUCUCCCUCACAAUCUAAAAAUGGCAGUUUUACCCCUCGAACUGCUCACAUUUUGAAGCCACUUAUGUCCCCGCCAAGUAGGGAAGAAAUUAUGGCAACUUUGUUGGAUCAUGAUCUCUCAGAAACUAUUUACCAGGAACCAUUUUGCAGCAAUCCUUCUGAUGUACCAGAAAGGCCCAGGGAGAUUGGUGGACGGCUUCUCAUGGUAGAAACUCGACUUCCAAAUGAUCUGGCUGAGUUUGAGGGAGACUUUUCCUUGGAAGGACUUCGUCUGUGGAAAACAGCAUUCUCAGCAAUGACUCAGAAUCCACGACCAGGGUCACCCCUUCGCAAUGGCCAGGCAGUGGUCAAUAAAGGGUCAAGUAAUAGCUGUAAAAUGGUUGAAGAUAAAAAAAUUGUGAUUAUGCCUUGCAAAUGUGCCCCAAGUCGACAACUGGUUCAAGCAUGGCUUCAAGCCAAAGAAGAAUACGAACGUUCCAAGAAACUGUCUAAAACUGAGCCAGCUGGAGUCAUAAAAUCUGCUGAGAACUUCAGCUCUUCAGUUAACCCAGAUGACAGACCUGUAGUGCCUCCAAAAAUGAGUACAACUCCACAUAUACUCCCCACUACAGCACAUACCAAGGAAGAUGUUGAUACUUCUCAGAUUGCUUUACAAGCGCUAACCACAGGAUGUAGUCGAACUGUAAGUGAAAGUCAGACACUGCCACCAGUUGCUUCUGCAAAUGAUCCUGAGAAAGGUGAAGAUGAUGAUGAUGACUAUUAUGUUAGUUACAGCUCCCCUGAUUCUCCAGUAAUUCCGCCUUGGCAACAAGCAGCAUCCCCAGAUUCUAAAACAUUAGAUGGAGAGGAGAGACCCGCAUCACAAGUAGAGGAACUACAUUCCCUGACUAUUGAGAACUUCUUAAAACCAGUAAAAGAUGAUAUACAGAAAAGCCCCUGCACUGAGCCUUUGGAGCCUCUAGUGAUAUCUCCAAUUAAUGUUAGGGCAAGAACCGGAAUAUGUGAAUCACUUUGCCUUCAUAGUACACCAAUUAUACAGAGAAAACUUCUAGAAAGGCUUCCUGAAGCAAGUAGCCUGAGCCCUUUGUCAACAGAACCAAAAACUCAGAAAUUGAGUCAUAAGAAAGGAAGUAAUACUGACACUCUUAGAAGAGUACUCUUAACACAAGCAAAGAAUCAAUUUGCAGCAGUAAAUACCCCAAAGAAAGAAACUUCUCAGAUUGAUGGACCAUCUUUAAACAAUUCUUAUGGUUUCAAAGUCAGCGUACAAAACUUACAGGAGGCAAAAGCUUUACAUGAGAUACAAAAUCUUACCCUAAUCAGUGUGGAGUUACAUGCUCGAACUAGACGAGACUUAGAACCAGAUCCUGAAUUUGACCCAAUCUGUGCUCUGUUUUACUGCAUUUCAUCUGACACUCCACUACCCGAUACAGACAAAACAGAACUCACAGGUGUAAUAGUGAUUGAUAAAGACAAGCCUGUCUCCAGCCAAGAUAUCAGGUAUCAGACCCCAUUACUGAUUAGAUCUGGAAUUACAGGACUAGAAGUUACCUAUGCACCUGAUGAGAAGGCACUUUUUCAAGAAAUUGCAAAUAUAAUAAAAAGGUAUGAUCCUGAUAUUCUGCUAGGAUAUGAAAUUCAGAUGCAUUCCUGGGGUUACCUCUUACAAAGGGCUGCUGCCUUAAGUGUUGAUUUAUGUCAGAUGAUCUCUCGGGUGCCAGAUGACAAAGUUGAGAACAGAUUUGCACCUGAAAGGGAUGACUAUGGAUCAGAAACAAUGAGUGAGAUAAAUAUUGUUGGCCGAAUUACACUAAACCUUUGGAGAAUCAUGAGAAAUGAGGUGGCUUUAACUAACUACACCUUUGAAAAUGUGAGCUUUCAUGUUCUUCAUCAGCGUUUUCCCCUCUUUACCUUUCGAGUCUUAUCAGAUUGGUUUGAUAACAAGACAGAUCUGUACAGAUGGAAAAUGGUUGAUCACUACAUUAGCCGUGUCCGUGGAAAUCUCCAAAUGUUAGAACAGCUGGACUUGAUUGGGAAAACCAGUGAAAUGGCUAGACUCUUUGGCAUUCAGUUUUUACAUGUACUCACAAGGGGUUCACAGUACCGUGUGGAAUCAAUGAUGUUGCGUAUUGCUAAACCAAUGAACUAUAUUCCUGUGACACCUAGUGUUCAGCAAAGAUCCCAAAUGAGAGCCCCUCAGUGUGUUCCCCUAAUUAUGGAGCCUGAAUCCCGCUUCUACAGCAAUUCUGUUCUCGUUUUGGAUUUCCAGUCACUAUAUCCUUCGAUUGUGAUUGCAUAUAACUACUGCUUUUCCACCUGCCUUGGCCAUGUGGAGAACUUGGGAAAGUAUGAUGAGUUCAAAUUUGGCUGUACCUCUCUAAGAGUACCUCCAGAUUUACUUUACCAAAUUAGGCAUGAUAUCACAGUGUCCCCCAAUGGAAUAGCUUUUGUCAAGCCUUCAGUAAGAAAGGGUGUGCUACCAAGAAUGCUUGAAGAAAUUUUGAAGACUAGACUCAUGGUGAAACAGUCCAUGAAGGCUUACAAGCAGGACAGAGCCCUUUCACGAAUGCUCGAUGCACGUCAGCUAGGACUUAAGCUUAUAGCAAAUGUCACAUUUGGCUAUACAGCUGCAAAUUUUUCUGGGAGAAUGCCAUGCAUUGAGGUUGGUGAUAGUAUUGUUCACAAAGCCAGAGAGACUUUGGAACGAGCUAUUAAACUGGUGAAUGAUACCAAGAAAUGGGGUGCCAGGGUUGUAUAUGGAGAUACUGACAGUAUGUUUGUGCUACUGAAAGGAGCUACUAAGGAGCAGUCUUUUAAGAUUGGUCAGGAAAUUGCUGAAGCUGUAACUGCUACCAAUCCUAAACCAGUGAAAUUGAAGUUUGAAAAGGUAUAUUUGCCCUGUGUCUUACAAACAAAAAAGAGGUAUGUGGGUUACAUGUAUGAAACACUGGAUCAAAAGGACCCGGUAUUUGAUGCAAAAGGAAUAGAAACCGUCAGAAGAGAUUCCUGCCCUGCCGUUUCUAAGAUACUUGAGCGUUCUCUAAAGCUGCUAUUUGAAACAAGAGACAUAAGUUUAAUUAAACAGUAUGUUCAGCGACAGUGUAUGAAGCUUCUAGAAGGAAAAGCCAGCAUCCAAGAUUUUAUCUUUGCCAAGGAAUACAGAGGAAGUUCCUCUUAUAAACCUGGAGCUUGUGUGCCAGCCCUUGAACUUACAAGGAAAAUGCUUACUUAUGAUCGGCGCUCUGAGCCUCGAGUUGGAGAGCGAGUGCCAUACGUCAUCAUUUAUGGGGCUCCUGGAAUACCACUUAUCCAGUUGGUGAAGCGCCCAGUGGAAGUGCUGCAGGACCCGACUCUGAGACUGAAUGCCACUUACUAUAUCACCAAGCAGAUCCUUCCACCCCUGGCAAGAAUCUUCUCACUUAUUGGUAUUGAUGUCUUCAGCUGGUAUCAUGAAUUACCCAGGAUACAGAAAGCCACCAGCUCCUCUCGAAGCGAACUUGAAGGGCGGAAAGGCACUAUUUCACAGUAUUUCACUACUUUGCACUGUCCUGUGUGUGAUGACCUGACUCAGCAUGGCAUCUGUGGUAAAUGUCGGAGCCAGCCUCAGCAUGUUGCAGUCAUCCUCAACCAAGAAAUUCGGGAGUUGGAACGUAAACAGGAGCAACUUGUAAAGAUAUGCAAGAACUGUACAGGGUGCUUUGAUCGACAUAUCCCGUGUGUAUCUCUGAAUUGCCCCGUACAUUUCAAACUCUCCCGAGUAAAUAGAGAAUUAUCCAAGGCACCAUAUCUCCGGCAAUUACUAGACCAGUUUUAAAUUGUCAGUAUCACAGAAUUCCAGGUGCUAUUUUUUCAGUGUUUACCACUAAACUGUUGUGCAUGGUGCUUUUUCAACUUUCAUCGAGUCAAGUAUGUUCACUGUCUAUUAUCUGAAGACUAUGAAGGCUUUUAUGCUAACUGAAUUAAAAAUUGUUCUUAUCGAUCUCUGAAUAGCUCACUUCUUACAAUGUACAAAGUCUCCAUCCUUACACCUUUUUAACAUUGUUUUAUAACGUAUGUGUUGAAUUUGCUCCGGUAUGUGUAACAUCUUGUAAAUCCAUUUGCGUAGAUCAUACUGACUUCCCUGUGGAAGGAGCACUGAAAACCUCUUUAAAAAAAAACAAAACAAGACAAAAGAAAAAAAAAAAAAAAACCCAUUCGUGUGUUUUCCUUGAACUGUCUGUAUCAAGACGUGUUACUUAGAGAUACUCAUUCACUUUAUAAUUUUGACUGCGAAAUAUUUUGUAAAUACACUUUUUUACUUUUCAGACAACUGAGUAAAAUAAUGUGCAAUGAAUUUUAUACAAAUGAUUUUCAAGUUGUUAGGUAUAUUUCCUCUAGGUUUUGCUUGGCUCAGAGUAGAGUUGUUAUUUUGAUCAAACUGUGCAAACAAUAGUACCAUGUGUAGCAUUUUGAAACCUUAUUUUCUAAAACCGCUGUCUUGCUUUAGCUAUUAAUGGGGCAUUGUGAGGAACUGUGCAAAGACAUUUUUGUUACAAACCUGUGGGCCUGUUGCAAUACUUUAAAAAUAAAAAUUUUAUUCCA